AUGGGUGGUUUGUCCAGGUCACACCUGCCCCCAGACCCCCGCCACACCCCCUCCAUAACCACCCCUGCUCCCCUGUAUCCCAUCACCUGUACACGCCACCCCCUCAUUGAUCCCUUACCCACUGCCCCUCCGCCCCGCCCCACCCAAAACACCCAGGUCUCAGGGCAGGAGUCCCCAGUACGGUCUGGGGGCUCCUUUGCCUCAGCUGGGCUCUCCUUCACAGGGCUCAGCCUGUUCUCCGGGACCCUCGCUCAGGACAGGAGCAUCUGGGAUGAGGCAGGAGAAAGCAACAGCCGGAGGCCUGGUCCCGUUGUGCCGACCUCCGAAGCUUCGGACAAGCCUCUAGCAAAGGACAGCAGCCCCCAAUGGCGCGGGGACUUCCGGUGCGGGGUGUGCACCAAGGCCUUCCCCCUCCAGCGCCUGCUGACCCGCCACGCCAAGUGCCACAGCCCCGUCAAGCGGCACCGGUGCCCGUGCUGCACGAAGGGCUUCAACGACACCUUUGACCUCAAGAGGCACAUGCGGACGCACACCGGCAUCAGGCCCUACCGCUGCCACCUGUGCGCGAAGGCCUUCACGCAGCGCUGCUCUCUGGAGUCCCACCUGCGCAAGAUCCACGGGCAGCCCCAGGCCUACGGCUACCGGGAGCGGCGCGCCAAGCUGUACGUGUGCGAGGCCUGCGGCUUCACCUGCACCGCCGGGCCCGACUACCACGGCCACCUGCGCCGCGCCCACCCCACCGGCCCCGUGAUGCCCCACAAGCGGGCAGGGCCCCCCCCCGGCAGCCUCCGGUUCCUGCUUUAUCCCAGUGGCUUCUACGCUUGAAGCUAGGGUAGCGGGGGGGGGUGCUGCCCUGCCCCGAAACUCGGGGUCACGAAAUGGAACGAGCGGGUCGUCAGUUUAAAACGAGCACAAAGACCAUUUUUUUUCCCCCGGUGUGGGAUGGAAGGGGGGAGCUUGUGGCUCCCAGGCAGGAGAGUUCAGCCAGAUUCACCAGGGGACCGGACACAGUUUUGGAGGAACGGGGCAGCGGGAGCUGUCAGCCCUCUGGGCUGACCCGGAGGCAGGGUCAGCCCCGUCCAAACCAGCCCUCAUCUGACCUCUGCAUCAGACUCGUAUCGACCCCAAUGCAGCGUAGAUGUGCCCUGGUAAAGCAGGGCAACUAUGGCAGCUAAUGUGCUGCUCCUUCAAAGGGCUGGCAGUACUCGAGAUCCUAGGUAGAGGGCCAGGCUCCCUGCUACAGAGGAAGGCAACCCCCUCUUCCAUCCGCCUCAGUCUGACCAUGGGGUAAAAUUCCUUCCUGACCCCAGCUAGGGUGCCAGUUUGACCCCGAGCCCUUCUCCCUACCCUUCAAGGUGGAGGUGCAUGGGUUGCAAAGAGUCCGGGAGACAAAAAUGACCAGGGGCUGAGGGGGAAAGCUGGCAGAGCUCAGGGGGAUUGAGUCUGGAGAAGAGACCGAGGGGGCAUUUUUACCAGCCUUGGGGUGAUGACAGAGAGGGUGGAGAUGGGUUUUUUUCUCUGCCCAUCAGGGACAGGACUGAGAGCAAUGGGUUUAAGCUGCAGCAGGGGAAACUGAGGCUGGAGAGGAGGCACGUCCCGACUCUGAGCACCAUCGAGCAUUGGCUGCGCAGGGCGGUGGCAGAGUCCCCAUCCCCAGAGGUGUCAAGGGGCAGGUUGAACAGACCCUUGGCUGGGCUGGUUCGGAGAGGGCUGGCCCCGCCUCAGGCAGGGGGUCCCUUCCAGCCCCACAGCUCCAGGAUUUUGUGAUGGGAGCCCCCUCCCCUCUUGGAGAGAAUAGCAGGUACCUGGAAUUAGUCGCGAUCUGUUCUCCUGGAUACUUCACGGGCGCUUAAAGU